AUGGCGACGCCUGACGCAUGGGAUGAUAAUUGGGAGACCGCUGCAGACAUACCGUCCGAACCGGCCAAGAAACCCUCCUCCAAAAUCACCAAAGCCCAACGCCGCGCACAGCAAGCUGAAUUCAACCGUCAACUCUGGGAAGAGGCCGAAGGCCCCCGAGAACCAAACUACUUCCUCGAAACCCGAGGCGUCGUCCCCAAGGCCGACUUCAAGCCACCCCCGAAACUGCUCUCACGAAAGCCUCCUACUCCUGCAUCCGGCGAAGCCAACGGGGACGUGUCCUCGGACGAAGCGGACGGGGAGAAGAAAAAACCUACGAUCGAAGAGCAGAGGGCUCUCGCGGCCAAGGAGCGAGAAGAGAAGCAGCGCAAGUACGAGGAGAGACGAUUAGAGCUAUUCGGGUCUACCACGGCUACGACGACCAAAGCAGCAGGAUCUGGUACCUCUUCACCGGGAGAGACGCCGCCGGGCUCACGGUCCUCGACGCCGAAUCGUGCUCGUGGGAGAGGAGGGAGGAAGAACGAAUCAUCGUCACGGCCAUUGUCUUCGGCGUCAACUCUGUCGCUGAAACCAAGCAGUUUGGCGCCUUCGACGGGCGGGAAGAAAGAACUGUUCGAUCCAUCUUACAAUCCGAGACCGGAUUCAAUGUCCAAGAGAUCCGAGUCACGCGAGAAGGUGAUUGAGCCGAUCAGAUCGCCACGAGGUCCUGACGGUAGUGGGCGAGGUGGCUUUGGAUUUGCCCCAAGGGGUGGUAGGGAUGGUUCGCGAGCAGGCUUGGAUACCCGAAGCAAGAUCGAUGCUGACACUCGACCGAGUCUUGACCCCAGGUCUACAGGCGAUUUGAGUAUGAAUUAA